AUGAUCAGCAAUUUUUCGAAGAAACUUAAGCAAAUUGGACUCACGGAAUACCCCAAGUUGUUGUUCACCAGAGGGCUAAAGGGCAUACGCCUUGGCAAAAAAGACGCCUCCGAAGGUUCGAGCAGUAAAACCGAAAGCUGCUUGAGAGUUCCGCGCGUGACACAAUGCGCUACACACAGACCUGCCUGGAACGACCCCCAGCAGCAGUUAGAGGGUGAAUUACUGGACACCGUGGAGUUUAUUGGAAAAACACUAAGAGAUCUGGCCUGUAGUUUACACCACAAUAAUGAGGAGAUGUUGAAAAUUGUUAAACGAUCAACAGUCUCGCCUGCAAACGAAAGCAGAUCACCAUGCAGUUUCAAUUGGGAUCCUACUUGUGCUAACCAGUGUCCGCGGAAAUGUUGUACGACAGUUAACGUACCGUCUGAUCGGUGUCUGACGACCCUCACACCAACUUCCCUUCAAACGACUGAGGAAAAAUCAGUUUGGAAGGGGCCAAUUAACUGCGCAGCUAGAAAUCGGCCCAAAGAACUCACUUCUGACGAAUUUCUUGAAAUAAGACAAUUACUGGAGAAUUUGGGGCAGGAAUUUUGUGCACAUAACAAACAAAUCAAUGAAAUUCUUUCAGCUAACGCGUGCAGGCAGUCAGUAGACUUCGGUUUGCCAGAAAUCGAACCAAUCAUGCAACGUCUGGACCAGGUGUGCGUGGAAAUUAUGGAAAUGAAACAGCGUGGGGACAUCAAAACAGAAUCAGGAUGCUCGCCGCAUCCCCUCGAGACUGCACUAGUGUGUACGCUUGAGCAGUUGAAUACCGGGCUGGCGACACUGGGUCAAAGUUCGUGUGAAAUACUGUCGAAGCUGGAGCAUCUACACGGAAAGAUUGCAACCCCCGAACCCCCUCCCGAAAUGCCCACGACACUACCGGAAGAGGCAAGUUGUGCCUCAGAAAAAGGAGAGCCUAAUCUAGACGCGGCAUUGUGUGAAUUAAAGACGCGAGUACAGAAUCUGGAGGAACAAAACGGCGUCACUCUGCAGGCCUUGGCUGGUUUGCAGAAAGUUCGUCCGGACAGCCGAGCGAAGUCAUCGAUUUCUGGCACCCAACUGGUAGCUCCAAGUCUGCCUGAGUCUGCCACUCCAAGCAGCGUGUCCUUGCAAAUUCCAAAAGCGACCUUUAAGGAGGCAGGCAUUGGUAGUGAUCCCGCCGUCCUUGAAACUCUAGGAGAACUGAAAUCGUUGUUGCAGGUCUUGGGUCAAGAUCUCGACGUCAUAGCUAAUCGCCGAAACUCGCCGGAGUGUUCCAUGGUAGGACAACGCAUUUGCUGGAAGAUUUGCGGUGCGGGGUGCUGA